ACAGGUACCGGAGUGUCGACUCAGCAGGAGACACAGAGGAUCAGAGAAAAGAACGCUGAAGAGAGGCCGGACGAUUGACUUCAUCCAAUCCCAGAACAGAUCAGAAAAAAGUGGAGGGGUGAGCAGCCAAUGCCAGUACAGAACUGAUCUCCAGCAGCUAAUCCCAGAGCAGAUCGGAGCUCAGAAGCCUAUCGGACAGAGAGCAACAUGACGUCCUACAUAGCCCAGGGCCUGUCCCCGUCGCGCUGUGGUGGCCAGUACCCAAGCCACGGCCAGGAUCCUCUAGAGUUCAGUCUAUACAGCCCCCCCACCCUGCCCAGCGCCCAGCAGAACCCCCCCUCAGCCUACGACCUGGGGGGCUACUCUGGUGGCAGCCCCCCCACCAACCCCUACCUCUGGUUCAACAGCCCAGAGCUUGCCCCUGGAAGCACCUACCUGGGAGGUGGAGGAGGCCUGGCGGGGGUCUAUGGAGGAGGCUUUGUCCCCCAGCACUACAACCUGCAGAGGCCUCACCUAGGGGGCGUUGGAGGGCCUGGGGGCUGGUACUCCAUGCCCUCCCAGGAGGAGCUGAUGAAGCUGGUACGACCGCCCUACUCCUACUCUGCCCUCAUCGCAAUGGCGAUCCACGGUGCCCCUGAGAGGCGCCUGACCCUGAACCAGAUCUACCUGUACGUCGCCGAAAACUUUCCCUUCUACAGCAAAAGCAAGGCAGGCUGGCAGAACUCCAUAAGACACAACCUGUCGCUCAAUGACUGCUUCAAGAAAGUCCCCCGGGAUGAAGAUGACCCUGGCAAGGGAAAUUACUGGACUCUGGACCCCAACUGUAAGAAGAUGUUUGACAAUGGAAAUUUCCGCCGUAAGAGGAGGAGAAAGUCAGACUCUCAACCAGCCAACCCUGAGUGCAAAUCUUCAGGCUCUGAUUCUCUGGAGUCCAGUCCCAAGCCCGACCUAAUCAACGAAACUUCCAGCGGCUCUGAAAGGGACCCCUCCCCCCCCUCCUCAGGCUCCAAUCUCUGUCUGACCAGCUUCCUGUCCCAGAUGUCGGACGUGGCGAAUGUGACCAAUGGCGCGGGGCCAGGGGCGUUGCCCGCAGAGUCGCUCCAGCAGCGAAUGUCUCCGUCCGAGGGCUACAGCUCCUCCUACUCACCCAACGCCACUGUGCCCCCCCAGCCCUCCCUGCCCACCUACGCCUCCUACGCCUCCACCUACUCCCCCAGCGCCACAGUGCCCCAAUGGGAGGUUCUCCAGCCCUCCCAGCCUGCCCUGCCACCCUCCCCCCCUGUCUACUCAGAGAACCUCCCCUCCUCUCCGUCCCAGUAUGCCGGGGGCUACAGUGACUCUGAGAAUCUCCCCUCCUCCCCCCCUCUCUACCCUUCCCCUCCCCCCCAGUACGCGGGGGGCUACGGUGACUCUGAGCUGUCCCUGCCACUGCUGCCUAGCCAGCUGUACUCAGCCCUGGAAUCCAGUCUCAACUCCUCCCUGCUCUACCCUCGCGACGGCACUGAGGUGUAGGCUGCUGGGGCAUUGGCAGGGUGAUGAUUACCAACAAACUCAGUCUCAGCCUUGCAGACCAGUGGUUGUGUGUGUAUGUAUGUGUUGUUUCUACGUGUGUUACUGUUUUGCACAUCAAGUGUCCUGUUUUUUAAUUUUUAUAAAAUAAACAAAUUGAAAUAU